UCCAAGUAUGCUGAGUAUCUAGAUAGCACAGACUAGUAUUCAAAACAUCAUAAACUAGUAUCCAGAUAGUAGAUACCAACUAAUAUCCACAAUCAACCAACUAGUAUUUAAUAUGGAUACUCUUAUGUGUUGUCUAGAUACUCUUAUGUGUUAUCUAGAUACUAAUUAUGUGCGGUAUGAAUACUAUUAUGUGUUGUCUAGAUAUUAGUUUGUGAAUUUGAUAUAAUAGUUGAUUCAUGGUGGAUAUUAGUUAGCAAAUUUUGAAUACUAGUCUGUGCUCUCUAGAUACUUUAGUACUUGGAUACUAUUUCAUGUAUUUUGGAUAUCAGUUAGUAUAUGCUAACGAAUCUUCAAGUUAGCAGAUUAACUUUCCCCCCUACCUUCCCCCAACUUCCAUCUACCUUCGUGAUUCUUCUUCUCCUUAUCCCUCUUCUGGAUCAAACCAAAUACACACAAGCAUCGCCUUCUUCUCCCUCGAGCACUCCUCUGGCUCGAUCUGCCUAUGAGCUCGAUAGAAGUUAGAGGGCGAGAAGAGUUGGAGCUGGAGAAGCGAUUGGAGUCGCGCGAGCCGGGAAGGGGAGAUCGAGCGAGAAAGGCAGCGUGCAAACUCUGGAGAGGCGAUGCAUGUCGUCGCCCGUCGCGUGUUGAGCGAUCAGAUAUCCUCGGUCGCCGUCUUCGUCACCAUCGCCAUCGCUGGAAUUUGGAGAGCUUCGUCGCCGUCACCACUCACCAUCGCCGCCGCUCGGAUUUUCUUCUUCUGAUACUCUUGUAUGGUGGGUCGGUGAUUGGAAACGAGAGAAGCUUGAGGGUUAGAGGGAGUGAGAAGUGAGAAUAGAGGAGGCAGCGAUUA